AGAGGGAAGUUGGAAGGAUGAGACUCCAGGAAUUGCUCUUAUUGUGGUGAGAAAAGACAACAGAGCAGAGAGGGGCUGAACUGGUGGGGAGAGCAGGGAAAGAUUGGAAGAGCCCAUGGACUCCUUCAUGCAGGAAACAAAGCACUAUGCUAGGAGAAAGGAAACCACGGUCUGGCUCUGUGUCUGCUGGAUCCAGGGCAAGUUCACUCCCCUAUGAAGCCUCAGUUUUCUCCUCUGUAAAAUGAGGGGCUUGGACAGAUCACCUCUCAGGCUCCUCCAGCUAUGACAUCCUGUGAUUCUGUGUCUCUACCCAGACACGAUUCUCCCAUGGCUACUUCAAGGCCUCUGCUUUCUCUUCCAUCCUGUCCCACCCUAUUUCCUUGGCUUGACAGGAACCAGCUGAUAAGCCUGCUAAGGACACUUAGAAAGAGAAGACCUUCUUGCAUUCUUGGGGACUGCCUUCUUCAGCCCUCCUAAGCUGAAAACAGGCGUGGGCUUGAUUUCUAAGGGAAACAGGCAAUCCUCUUCAAACCUCGCCUUUGGCAUCAAGCCCAACUAAAACAACCAAACAGUUGUCUUCAGGCACAUUCUGGCUCAUGGAGAAACAUGUGUGUCAGAGAGGGAUUUUCCAGUGGCUGAUUUUUUGGAAGUACAUCGCCAAUCUUUUCUUCUGAAGCAACUUUGGGUGUCUGGAGCACUGGGGCCAAGGGUUCUGGAACAAAGGAUUCUGAAGCUUUUGUUUCUUUGAAGGAAAUCCAAGGAAGUUCUGUCUUGUUUCAUGUGAUCAUGGAGCCAGGAGUAGAUCCAGGAGCAGAGGUGAAGGAGAUUACAUGGAGUUUUGGUGAUUUCUCAGCCUACAGAGACAUGCUGUGUGUCUCCAGUGGGACAGACUCUCCAACAUGGGUCAGUCUCCAGGACAAGUACAAGCAGAGGGUCCAUGUGCCCAAUAUGACAACCCUGAUGAUUGAGAACCUGACCCUUGGGGACAGUGGGGAAUACCAGGCUCGCAUUACCUUACCUGAAGGAAGAGGAAGCAUUCAGAAGUUCCAUCUCAUGGUCUAUGAGACCAUCCCCCUUCCCCAGGUCCUGACCAAGUAUUUGUCCACCACACAUGGCUGGUGCAAUGUCACUCUGGAGUGCAACGUCUCCGCAAGGGCUACAGAGAACCUGAACAUUAUCUGGGAGAGCAAGGGCCUCCUCAAGGACCUGGAGCAGAGAGAGACACCACGACCAGACACCGACCCCUGGACCCUGGCUGUAAGCCUGCCCCUGAGCCAGCCCCAGAGCAAGCUCAAUGCCAGCAUCACCUGUGUUGUCAGCAACCCCAAGGACCAGAAAAAUGCCACCUUAGACCUGGGAGAAGUUUGUGUCCAUGAGGAUCAGCAGAGUGACAUGGAGCACAGAGGCUGCAGGUGGUCUCAGUGGUGGCUCUGCUUGGAAGCAGCGGAGGACACAAUGACUACCAAUGACCCUGUGUGGCCCAGAAGUCAGAGGUGGGGACUUCCCUAUCCCACCUCCAGCCUCAUAUUGACUGAGGACCUGGUGCAGCCUGUGGCUGAGCACAAAGACGAGGGAGAGAGUGAUGCUAUCUCCUCACCCAGCUUGCCUGGUGACCAGUCAUGGCUGCACAUCAAUACUCAUCAGCCCAGGAGCAGUGUAAAAUGUGACUACCAAGCGACCUUUCCACCCCAGCUAAGGCAGGAAAAAACAGAGGACGGAAAUCAUGUUUUCCUGAGCCUAUAAGGGCCAGAUUUUGUUCCAGGCACUUUAUAAAUAUUUCUUUGAAUUCUUAAAAGGGCCUUUGAUGGUAGGGAUUAUUAUCCCCAUUUUUAUGUGAGGCUACUGAAAUUGCUGGCUAACUGGUGGCAGAGCAAAUCUUAAAUCCAACACUGGAUUUGUCUAAAGUUCCUGUCUUACCCCUUCACCACAUUGCCACUGAAGACCUUGGAAUCUUGGGAAUAUUCAGAUAAGAAUAUCCUCCGCCUGUUCCUAUCUGUCCCUUCCCCCAAUUAAAGUGCUGCGUUCUCUUCUAAGUACUCCAGGCUUCUGAGUCAGGUGUUCCAGCUCCGGCUGAGCUUGGGUUGUUGAUGGAGCUGAUGGCUGAAAGAGGAAUUUCUCCUUAAGUAGAGAAUGGGGUUUUGUGUCCCCCGAAAUAUGUGUUGGAAUACUAACCCCUUUACCUGUGAUCUGAUCCCAUUUGGGAAAGGGUUUUCUUGGUUACGUUAAUGCGGUCAUGCCAGUAUAGGGUAUGUCUGAAACCUAAUUACUUCUGAGUGAUAUAAAGAGCAGCAUAGAAACAGAAACAAGCAUGCAGAAGCAAGGAAGAUAGACGGCACAUGAAGAUCACCAAGAAACUGAGGAAUAGAAGCAGAAAGAGACAAACAUCUUCCCCAAGACCUGACAGACUGAGCAAGCCAUUACCUAUUGCUGAUACCCUGAAUUCAGCCUUCUAACCUCCUAAACUGUGAGAGAAUAAAUUUCUUUUCUUUAAAGCCUCCCACUUGUGGUAUUUCUUUUGUAAUAGCACUAGGAAACUAUGACAAUGAUCAUGUCUUGUCUCUUCUUGAACCCCAAUUCUUCUUCCCUAUCCUCAUUGUCAACAGAUUACUUUGCCUUUUAUUGCACUGACAAUAUAGAAGUAAUCAGAAGAACUUCCAGAGGCUCCAUCACCAGACCUACCCACCUCCCUGCAUCUGAACUCUUAUCUUCUGCCUUUGCCCUUGUGACUUUGAACAAUCGCAGCUCCUGUAAGCCCGGUGUUCCUCUUGAGCACCAGAUUCUCUCUCUUGGCUAUGCAGUGACAUCACUCCACAAGUUCUUCCCUGCAUUAGCUUUUAAAAAUCUAUACUGGAUUAUUCUUAUCAGUAUGCGAGCAUACUGUAACUUCUCUCAUUAAAAGAACCCUAUGACCCUUCUAGUACUGUCUCAUUUUUC